AUGCACCCGUUGGUUGCUUCUCUUUUGUUUAGUGCUGUGGCGUUGGCAGAUGCCUCAGGGGAAGCUAUAGAUAUUGCGACAACGUACGAUUAUGUCAUCGUCGGUGGUGGUACCACAGGCUUGGUGGUUGCGAAUAGGCUGAGCGAGGAUCCGGAGAAAACUGUCCUCGUUAUCGAGAACGGCAUCCUCAACAAUGGCACUCUCUCCAGCAUUCCUGGUAACUCGGGAGGACUUAACACGGCUGCUAUGUAUGACAUCUACAGCGCGCCAGUCCCGAAUCUUGGGAAUCAGUCAUUCCUCGUGACUGUCGGAAACGUCGUUGGAGGCGGUUCGUACGUCAAUGGGAUGCAAUUUGACCGCGGCGCCGAUGCAGAUUACGAUGCAUGGGCUGAGCUUGGUAACAAAGGCUGGGGUUGGCAGGAUCUGAAGCCAUACUUCAUGAAGAGCAACCAUUUCGACCCACCUUCCAAGGAGACCACCAAGGAGUUCGGCAUCACCUACGAUAGAACCGCCUAUGGCAGUGGCCCUUUGAAAGUAUCGAUCCCCGACUACCAAUUUCCGGAUAUGAAGACAAUGUUUCAUUCGUGGGACAAGGUCGACAUCCCUCACUCAAAGGAGGGCUUCGUCCAACCCGUCGGCGUGUACUGGUCGCCAAACUCUAUUGACAAAGCCACGGCUACGCGCAGUACAUCGCGCUCGGCAUAUUACGACCCUAUCGUUUCGCGCAAGAACCUGAAACUAUUGUCCAAUACCCAUGUUGACGAAAUCCUUUUCGAGCAGAACAGAGUCGGUGCCUUGACCGCUGUCGGUGUCAAAUUCACUCCCAAUGGUGGCAAGAAGCAGACACAAGCUUUUGCCUCCAAAGAAGUCAUUCUCGCUGCUGGAGGUGUGUUCACUCCGCACUUGCUCAUGUACUCUGGUAUCGGACCCAAAGAUGUUCUCAAGGCUGCUGGAGUAAGUGUGAAAAAGGACGUUCCUGCUGUAGGCUCCAACUUUCAGGAUCACAUCGCCAACUACAUGAACUUCGAUAUCCAGGGUCUUUCAUCAGAAAGUAUGCCAGCUCUCAACACCAACGCGACCUUCAAUCAAACCUCCUACGAGGAAUACAUCAAGUACAAAACUGGUCCAUACUCUGUCGGCAAGGCUAACGGUCUUGUUUUCAUCGCUCUGCAACACUUUGACGCUGGUUUCAAGAAGACCGUUUCCAAGAUUCGCUCCCAAGUCGCAUCCAAGUUCUUGCCAGAACGCUAUGCUCAGAACAAGAAGCUCCUUGCUGGAUUCAACAAGCAGCGCGAUAUCUUGGCCAAACAGUUCUCUGGUGACAAUGCUGCUGUUGGUGAAAUCGUUAUUCAACCAUGGGGAUUCUCAGGUAUCGCAAACAACAAGCCGCUGUCACGAGGUACGAUCACGCUCAACAACACACAUCCUGAGGCAUAUCCCAUCGUGCAAUGGAACACUUUCCAGAAUCCUGUCGAUGCUGAUGUCAUGGUCGCCUUGACCAAGUUCAACCGUAAGCACUGGGCGAGUAGCGGGCUCGCACAAUAUAAGCCAGUGGAAACAUCUCCUGGACCUCAGUAUCAGACUGAUGUAGAGAUCAUUCAAGGCAGCAUUGAGUCAGGGUCACUCCAGCCUUCGUUCGCUCACCCAAGUGGAGGCUGCAGCAUGAUGCCGGAAAAAUAUGGUGGUUGUGUUAGCGAUCAGCUGCUGGUUUAUGGCCUCAAGCAACUCAGUGUCGUUGACGCGAGCAUUAUACCCAUGAUUCCAGCUACUCAUCUUCAGGCCACUAUGUACGCUAUUGCUGAGAAGGCAGCUGACAUCAUCAAAAAGAGAGCGUAA